AUGGCUAAGAACAGGGCUCCCACAAAGACAGCUCCCAAAUACAACCUUCCUCCUACACUGAAGGUGUCAUGCGUUCUUCAGAUCAACGGCGAACCUUUCGGCGGCAAGGAACUUGGCAUCACCACCAGUAUUUCCACUCACCUGCUCGCUGUGAGAAGUCCAGAUAAGGAUUCAUUCCUUGGCUUUGCCAUCGAAUUCCCGCUAUCGCCUACGGGAGAGAACACCGGUUUCGGAAAUUGUCACCACGUUGACUUUACCACUCAGAGGACCAUUACCAGCAACACUUGGAAACUCACCGUGAAAUUCCCUCGUGAAAAUAUUGAUAUCACGUACCGGGCUGCAAGUGAAGAAGAAAACGCAAGAUAUCCUGCCAGCAAGAAACACAUGACUUGGGUCGACGUCGUUCUAGGCAAAGAUGCAACAGUCUAUGUCCAAGGAUUUGGAAUGCCAUAUUCAAACCCAGGUCACCCGGCUGAAGAUUGGCUUCGAUAUCCCGCCUCGACAACUGUUGUGGGCGGCCUCACCCUCUUGGAUAUCAUCCAACAGCGACACUUUUCGUUUCUCGCGGCUCGAAUCGAAAGCGCUAUGGCCACGAGGUGGAGUGUCGCCAGUUUAGCCCCCAAAUUCGAUUACGGCUAUGGUGCAGACCAGUCAUGGGACAUGGACAGAUACAUGAAGCAGCUCCAUGAUGUCAAAGGCCACCGCUUCCAGGCUGCAUGGAGCUUUGAAACUGACGACUCCCAUGUGACUGCUAUGACACAGAGCAUAGUCCAAGAUUUCAUGUGGAUCCAGAAAUUCUGUCUAGAAAUGACUACUGAAAUGGGCUACGCGUACUUCGUCAAGCAUCCAGGAAGUCGACGGUCAAAACGAUGGCUAGUCAUCGUCAGGAUGGACCGGGGGUUUUGGAAGAACAGAAAAUGGUCUCAAGCCUGCAUCCAAGGUACCAUGAAGAUGGUUGUUCAUCCCGGAUCAGAUGAGCUUCCCGAGUCAUGGACCGAAGAUAUUUCUGAACGCUGGUCAGCCCGUGUCUGCCAUGACCCCCGUGAAGUAAGGUUGCUCAACCGACACGGGAUCACUGAGAAGGACUACGUUAUCAGGAACCGCGUGUCGUUCGAAUGGGAUCUGCAGCUUCAUAAUGCCAAGCGCCAAGUGGACGCUGUCUGCGACUUCUUGCCAUCCGCCGCCCCAAACCGCCAAUUCUUCCGUGACAAGGGCCUCCAAGUCUCAGAGCUUGGUGGUGGGAGGGAGGCAUUGAUGAUGAGUCUUCACAGAGAUCUACUACGUGGUGAAGGCUUCUGGAAGACGAUGAUGGCAGCAGACUCGGACAUGGACAAGACGGGAGGUCACAUGGGAAAUCCGAAUACCGGGGGUCAACGCGAACAACUGGCUUUACCUAUGCUACCGUCUGUCAACUUCCUCAAAGAUGGUGACAAAAGCGGUUGGGCUGAUACUCUAUUUUCCGAGGUUUCUGAUGCCGACCAGCGUCCGCUUCGUUACUAUCUUAGCAACCGCCCUCUCGGCUUUGGCAUUUUCACAAAUGGACCAAGCACCGACAACGCCUCCAUUUUCCCCGUGGCAGUCCUUGCGAUGCAUACACACGUGGGUACCGUCAUGGCAAGCGCUCCGACUCCUACCGCCGUCAGCAAGUUCGCUUCUGAUCUCCAUACUGCCUCUCGCAGCGCCGUAAGCAAGUACAACAUCGGGAAGAGCCAUGAAAGCAGUUGCCGAGCUGCUCUGAUAAUCCGUGGCUUUCAACUUCAGGUCGAAUGCGACGCCUUCAAGUGUUUACUUCAACACCCUCUCGUCGGCGAUGAAGCCGCUGGUGAUGAUGAAUGGGGCGUCAAGUUGGACUGGAAGCUCCAUCUCUCGGCCACAUUUUGGCUUUUUACCUGCCUUGGUUCCGAAUCCUUGCCACCCCUGCAUAAAGAGGACGCCAACAUUUUACACUAUUUCCAGGACGUACUUGCAAAGUCAGACAUCUUUGCUCGUCUUCUUGAACGGGUUUCUAGCAAGAUCCCAUGGGAAGAAUACGUGGCCGGCGAAACUGUUUCAGACACUGAAAUCAUGAAGCUGAUGGAGAUGAUUAUCGAGGUCGCCGACAUUGUCUGUACGACCCCAUCCUUAGCCCAUACCGAGGAUCAUCUCAAGAAGUGGAAAGUAGAGCGGGCUCGAGGGAUCGCCAUUGACGAAGCUGGCGGUAUGAGCCGUGGCGAUCUGUAUUCCAUCUGGGGUAACACACUCUUGCCCUGCUUUCUUGCCGGUGAUGAAGAGUUUGUUCCGCUAGAGGUGAAAAGCUACCAUGACAAAGAUGCCCAGGGAAAUUUCCGGAACAGAUUUGGGAAUGAUGCUCGGAAGUCGGCGCUUGAGUUUCUUGUUGCGACUGGCUGGCCUGUCUAUUGUGUUCGUGGUUAG